UGGAAAUUCACAUGAGGCAAUCGCAACGCUCUCACUCCUGCCCCCCUCAAAUAUAGUAGCUUGAGCGCAAUACCAGAACCAGCACCCAACCGCCGCAAACACGUCAAAACUCUGCAGAAAUGGCUACACCGAUUCCAGUUCAGAUCCUGGAUGGAGGGAUGGGAACCACUCUGGAAGACAUGCACGACAUCACCUUCUCGUUUGAAACUCCGCUUUGGUCAUCACAUCUCCUUGUUUCCGGCGAGGAGGACAAGCUGUCGGAUUGCCACGAGGCAUUCAAGCAGGCAGGAGCCAACAUCAUCUCCACCGCGACGUACCAAAUAUCCAUCAAUGGAUUUGCUGCCACCAAGGCGCCGAGAAGCGGAACCGUCGACGAGGAGAGGGAGGGCAUCGAGAAGGAAGAGAUUCCUCGCUUCCUGAGCCGUGCGGUUGUCCUUGCCGCAAAUGCAGCGGGGACGGAGGGCAAGGUUGCCUUGUCGCUGGGUCCUUAUGGCGCCACCAUGAUUCCAUCGACCGAAUACAGCGGCAGGUACGAUCCUGAACACCAACAUGUGCAGGCCCUGGGAAAAUGGCACAAGGAACGUCUGGAUCUGUUCAAGGACGUCGAUCCCAACCAAGUCAACUACAUUGCCUUUGAAACGGUUCCCAGGCUUGACGAGAUCGUUGCCAUCAGAAAUCUGCUCUCGGCCGACAACAUCCCAACAUCCCUCCGUGGACGCCCCGUAUGGAUUUCCUCUCCUUACCCAAACGAUGAUGGAAAGCUUCCCGACGGCAGCACGGUAGAGGAGGUCGUCAAAGCCGUUCUCACGCAUAGGGAAGGCCUGGAGACUCCAUGGGGUAUUGGCAUCAACUGCACAAAGGUGGAAAAGCUCGACUCCUUGGUCAAACGAUACGAAGAUGCGAUCCAGACCUGCAUCAAGAACGGAGAGCAGAUGGCCUGGCCAAGCUUGGUCCUCUAUCCAGACGGGACAAAAGGGGAGGUCUACAACACGGCCACCAAGACUUGGGAGUUGUCUCCAGGACACAAAGAGACAGAGGCCCCCUGGGAAACAGUGCUAGCCAGUGUUGUCGAAGCCGCACGUCAAAGAGGAAACUGGAAGUCCAUCGUUGUGGGAGGUUGCUGCAAGGCGUCCCCCGAACACAUUCGAAGGCUACGAAGGACCCUACAAGAUUACGGCCACAUGUCAACCUCUCCAGCGGCGUAGCAGUAUCUAGCACCGGCCAUUCCCGUCAAGGAAUCCUAUUGUACACAACGAAGAAAAAGACUACUAUGAUGGCGAAUGACACCUCAAUGUUAUCAGUACAAGACCGCAUCGACAUUUGACGGUUUCUCCUAGCCCAUCAUCAUUGGCCACCCACUGCACUGCAGUCAUCCCCAAAGAACAUGCCCAAAUCGUAGUUAUAGGACCCAGCCCUCACAUAGUCAUCACGCAUAAUGAGCCACGGACCGACAGGUGAGCUAUCGGCGUUAUUCCACAGGGCAUACCUCCUCAUCACACCGUCAGCCGAAGGGGCGGACACUUCACACUUCAACACCGAUCCAGUCAUGUACACCCCAUCCGGAGUCGAGCAGCGCAACGGAUAUUCUACCGGCGUAUUCGUGAACCGGAUAACGUGAAGGAUUUGGCUUGCCCAUGGUGGGAGCGCGUACACCUCAUAGCCGGCCCAUGUACCGCCGCUGAUGCUCAGCUUGCCAGUGGAUAUGUCGAGAUCAAACAAGCCGAAAUUGGAGCCGGUUGGCGCCUCAGUGAUUAGGUUGGAGUUGGGGGAGAGCACACGAAUGUGGUAGUCUUCAUUGCUCACACCAGGGGUGAUGGCUUUCAGGCAGAAGCCCGUGAUUGUUGGAGCAGAGCUGGGAGCGGUCGAGGUCGUGCUCUCGACGGAUGUUGUGGUAGGCUCCUCGGUGGUGGUAGGCAGCUCACUGGUGGUGGGCGGCUCGCUCGUGGUGGGUGGCUCGCUCGUGGUGGAUGGCUCCUUCGUGGUGGGCAGCUCACUCGUGGUGGGCAGCUCACUGAUGGUGGGUGGAUCACUCGUGGCAGGCUCCGUGGUAGAGGGCUCCACAGUCGACGCCUCAGUUGUUGUAGGCUCAUCGGAUGUAGUGGUCGUCGUGCUCUCAAUGAUACUGACAGCGCUGGAAGUCAAGUCGGCAGAGCUUGUUGGGCUGCCAACAACCGCUGACGUCAAGGUCGACGUUGCCAAAGACGACGUCGUUGUCCGUGGGCGGCAUCGACUUGCCACGGUCAUGGCCGCAAGGGCUGGCAAAAGCGCAAACGAGGCACGCAUGGUCGAUGAUUCGAAGGGAUUUGAUCAGAGAAUGGACGCGGAACAACGCGAAACGGGGAAAGAGACAAGAGGUUUGAGUUUGUGUGAUUUCAUGUUCACAACGCUUUGUCUUAUAUGGCACUCUGUCAACGCUUUACACCACACGCCGGAGAAGCAAUCACACAAAGUAUCGGUCAACAGUCCAAAUCUUAGCAGGCUUCUUCCUUCAAUUGACCGAGAGGUAAUUCAAUCGUGGCUGGCUGAACUUUGGGGACUAUCAGGGUCUAGACCCCAUCCAUCGAGUUACAGUUCAAUAGUUUGUGGAUCCCACUGAGAGGAACCAGAAAACCGGAACAACCAUUGACAGCCCAACGGGGCGACUUCAAUCAAGUGCAAUGACCGAUAGUGGGUCUGGGGCUUGUUUGGCUUAAUCUUAAACGCUACUGCAGGUACCGUGAGCCCUGAUGCAAAAAGAAACGAAACUGACGAGGAGAAAGGGGAGAACGAGCGAAGCUGGGUGCCUGGAAUAAGCUGGAUUGGCCGAGAUGUUCGAGCCGAAGCAUCGGAUGACAUCAGUAUCCAUUCAAGGGCUAUGCACUCCCGCCACCCUCAACAUGUUUUCAAGUUUCCCUUCAGCACCGUCCAGUCGGAGCAAAACUCUCCGCCGCAUCUUUGAUGCUUUCCUUCAAGCCCGUCCAUCCCUCCUGUCCGACAGCAUGCAACAACAAGAAAGGAAUGUCCGCCGGAAUUUCCGUUUCAUCAAUCUGAUUUGAACUCGGCAAUUCCACCCAGUCGUUCUUUUCAGGAUACAACUCCUUGAGAAUGUCCAGAGUUUGGUUCCAACUAAACUGCUCCGCGAGCCCAUAAACCCUUGAUCCAGUUAGUCCCGACACAAGCACGCCAAGAUACAGCCGACCUGCGUCUCGAGCAUCAAUGGACGACUGUGGACCGAAAGUAGGAAUUACAUCGAGUGCGUCCUUCGGUUUCCCAUUGUAUAAAGCCCUAACUAGCCCGGCUGUGCUGGCUGGCUGAUUGUCGGGAUCAAGGAUGGGCCCAACGACGGUGGAAAUGAGCAUCGCGUUGAAAGUAAACGUCGGCUUCUCCCUCGCAACCCAGUCCCACAGCGCCUCCUCAACUUUGACUUUGAUGGCCAUGAACGGAGCGAGGCCCUUUUCCGCAUCAGGGAUGCCCGAAUCUUCGGCCAACGCCACCGCCUCGUGAUUCCAUGACUCCUCUGUCAGAGUCCUGCGGAUCCCGACCUUAGGCGUAUAAGCCGCCCAUGAAGAGCUGGUGUAAAUGAACGCCUGGACGGUGUUGGAGUGCAUCUUGGCGGCGUCGAGAAGACCGUAGAGACACUUGAGUUCUUCGUUGACGGCUUUUGGCACGUCUCUGUCGUCGAGCCAGGCGACCCCGGCUACGGUGAUGACGGCGGAGACGCCGGCGACGUGAGCGUUCCAGAUGCCGGGGGCAGUGAUGUUGGGGACUUCAAUGACUUCGAUGCGGUUGAAGCCGUAGCGGGUGGUGAAGAAGGGCUCGACCCAGGCGCAUCGAGCUUUGUUACGCACGGUGCCUCGGACGCGGUAGCCGGCUGAGAGGAGCUGGUCGGCUAUGUGGCUGGCGAUUAGGCCGUUGACGCCGGUGACAAGGAUGAGGGAGUUGAGAGGGAUGAAGGGUUCUUGUGUGAGAUUGAGAGGUGUGUUGGCCAUGGUGCAAUUAGUUCUGGUUGAGGUUGAGUGAGGGCUGCUUCCUCCGAAAAUCACGAAAGUAUCGAGAUCUUAUCUUAACAACAAAAGCAACAUGGAAGAUGGAAAAGACGAUCACAACAACACAGAACCUAGCUAAAUAGAUGGACGUAAUAUAUCUGAGUUCGAGGGGCAAGUUCAUCUUCGACAGCAUCAAAGACG